GGGAAUCCCAAGAGCAGAGACUCCCCAAGGACCUGUGGAAGGUGACUUGGAAGUGUAUUCCGAAGCCAGUUUUCUGCGUAGACUGAAGGAUAUUGACUCAUUCAUGUGGAUUUGGGACUCCUACCUCAUGUGGAUUGGAUUGUUCCAGUGGCCCUGUGCCUGUUCCAUUAGGAGCCCUUCAUCUUCCUUGGAGUCAUACAUUGCCUUUUAAACUCCAGAGACACAGCCUUGAAGAAUUCAUGGAAAUGGAUCAGCAUCAUUAAGUCAGAGCUAUAACCCUGUGUUUUAGCUCAGGUCUGAUGGCUUGAGACUGCUGAUAUCCAGUGUUCUGGAAAUCCAGUGCCCAUAGAUGUGGACCAAGGAAGAGCCCCGACCAUGGUCACUCUUAUCACAGAGAAGCUGCAGAACCAGAGUUUGGAUGACCUUACCCGAAGGGCCCGGGAGGCUGGCCCGUAUUCUGCUGAGAAACUGAACAAAAGUGGCCAUUUGUUCCCUUUGGAGAUUGGCGUGGACAAAAGUCCCUGGAAGGCCUUACAUGGAGGAUGGCCCAUUGGGAGCCAGGCGGCCUCAGGCCCCUUCCCACUGGGCCCACUUGGUGUGUCUCACACCGAAGGUCUCAAAUGGCAGCUGGCAUCUCCAGGGUCUACGGAAAUGGGCAGCUUCUUGGACUUCCGUGAGAGCACAGGGCCACCUGCAGCACCACCGACCAAGCGACACUGCCGGUCCCUGUCAGAACCAGAGGAGCUGGCUCGAUGCCGCUCCCCAUGGCGCCCUGGUAACUCCAGGGUGUGGACCCCCAUCUCUAAGAGGAGAUGCAACAGUGGUGGGAGUGCCACACUGCAGAGCUGCAGUGGCCUCGGGAACCCUACCCUGCAGGCAAGUCGAGGCCCAGGCCUACCCAGGAGUCCUGUAUCACCUGCUGGCCCUACCUCACCGAUGACACCCCGGCCAGCUUCAGCCAGCAGUGGCUUUGUGGAUGGCAGUGAGGGCAAUACAAGCUCAGGUCCACCUUGGCUUUCUGCAGGACCCUGUCCGUUUUCCUCCAGGCGCCGACUGUCUCUCUCACAAGAGCACCUUGUAGAUGCAAGCACUUGCCUGCCUUCAGCCAGCAGCACCCCCACAUCCACACCGGAGCUGGGCCGACACCAUGGCCUGCUCCGGUGCCGGUCACAGCCUUGCGUAUUGGAUGGGAGGAGGGUCCGGCGCAAACGGAGACGGGAGGAGGAUGCCAGGUGGACGCGCCCAUCCUUGGACUUUCUGAAAAUGACACGGACUUUAAAGAACUCAAAGAGCCUUUGCUCCCUGGACUAUGAAGAUGAUGAGGACGACACCCAGGCGAAGACUGUUGUGUCCUCCCCAUGUACCUCGCAGGGCCUUGUGGACAUCAUCACACCUGGCUCUAGCCCAAGGAUUCCCAGGCCCGGCCCUACCAGCCCCAGUGCCUGGGCUUCGGGGGAGCCAGAGGCCAGCACAGGAGAGGGUGGGAGCAGUGGGGAACCCAGUGACUGGGACAGUGCAGAAGAGGAGGGCGUCUUCCCACUGGACCACAGUGACCUGGACCUGGAGCAGAUCGAGAACAACUGACUUGGGGCCGAGCAGUGGUUGCCGUCUGUCACCUUGGUGCCUGACCAGUGGAAAUAACUUGUGUGUUAUUUUGAAAUUGAGGCGUAAUUUUGAUUCAGUUUUUCCUAAAGAAGUAUUUUGCAUUUUUAUGGCUUCUACAGUUUGGGAGAGCUUCUCUAUUUUGGAAUGGGUUUUCAGAGGGGAUUCUAUUAAACAUGGUUCUGCCUGGA